AUUGCCAGAUGUUCGGCUGGGCAGCUAGCUGUAGAUAUUCGAAAGGGCAAAAACGCAAACAGAGGUGGUGUCUGCUACAGCAUUAUCGGCUGCUACUCAUCCAGUAAUCGUCUGCAGUUGAAGGAAGUUCAUCUUCAGGAUGCUAGCGCAUAGGAUCAAGAAAUGAAAAGAAUUAACCUGAACAGAAGAAAGAAUGCUCGUCUUCCAACCCAAACGAAUGGAGAAUCGAACGUGUGGUAACGGCUGACAAUGAAGAAGAAACGCUCCGCGAUCCGAUUGGCGAAGAUCGCUGCCCUGAAGCGAGCCAGCGACAGGCGAGCCAAGUCCUGCUUCCUAGUGGUCAUCUUUUUCGCCAUCUUUGCCUGCAUGCUCGUCACGGAGGUCUUCUACGUCGAAGAGGAGAGAUGGCGAGAAGAGAAGUUCCUCUCCAUGUUCAGCUUCGGCGAUGAUUCAUCCCCAAGUUCUCUCAGCAGGUUUGCAGUCAUGGAUCCCAUAUCUUCCAGGGUUGCCAGGGAACUAGCAAGGGUAAAAGACGAGGACUGGUCAAACUCCAAUGAAUCUAAGAAGCUUGACCUGAUAGCAGGUGGCCGCUAUUCACCUCUGAUGGAUAUCGAUGAUUUCUGGCAAAGAGUUCCAAACACCAAAGAUAAGUUUUUCGUCUAUUCCGCCUAUUACGAUGACAGACGGAGCAAGUGGGUGAGAGUCAUAGCUGCAGCCAGAACCCGAUUAGCAGACAAAGUCAUUUGCCAGUUCACGUAUAAUGAUGGCAGGGAACCUUUUGCUGUCACUGGAAUCAAUCGCUUGAUUCGAGAAAAUUGGAAUCUCAAGUUCAGUGCUUAUUUCAUCCUGUGUCCUAUCAAACAGCAGAAUGUUCCAGUACCUAGUCACGUAUCGAUCAUCCGACAAGGUAGCACAGAUAUAGGGAAUAAGAUUGUCGUGCAUGACAACAAGAAGAUGUUUAAGAAACCAGAUGGAAUCGCUGUGUGCAUCAAGCCUCUACACUACGAAUAUAAUAAAGUGAAAAACUUGAUUGAGUUCAUAGAACUCAACAGAAUUUUGGGAGUGUCCCACUUUGUGUUGUAUAAUCAUACAGUAGGUACUGAAGUAGGAUGCAUUCUUCAGAAAUAUAUGAGUGAAGGGAUUGUCACUGUGCUUCCAUGGCAACUAGAUAUCGUCUCCCAAAAAGAGAUCCGCACAGAAGGUCUCUUUGCUGCACUAAACGACUGUCUGUAUCGAACAAUGUACAGAUUUCAGUAUGUUCUAAUGAUAGAUUUGGACGAGUAUAUCAUUCCACACAAAAAUCUCUCCUUGGCAAUAUUGCUAGCGCAUCUCAUCAAAAAGAAUCCAGAUCGAACUGGUGCUUUCUCGUUCCAAAAUGCUUUCUUUUAUUUACAAUGGCCCAACGACACGGCAUCGUUGAGCUUGCCUUAUAAGCUUCUGACACUUCAAAAGACCAUCAGAAAAUCUAAGUUCCACGCACAUAAGCAGCGGUCGAAGUGUAUUGUUCUACCAGAGCGUGUGGUAGAAAUGGGGAAUCAUUUCGUCUGGGAAUUCUUAGCUGGAAAGACAAUGAUGAAUAUUCCACCUGACAUGGGAUUUCUCCACCACUACAGGGUAUGCGAGUUUGGUGGCAAUGAUUGCAUCAAUACAACACACGUUGUCGAUCGUCGUACAUAUGUAUGGCGGGAUUCCUUGAUAGAAGCCGUAGCUCUGCGUCUUAGACUGUUGCAACCUGUAUGCCAAAAUAUUCUUCCCUUUCUCAUAGAAUGAGAGACCAAUAAAAUGCAAUUGUUCAGUUCGUCUGAGACUGACUGGAGAUGUUGAUCUUUUGAGAAUACAUUCUGUCUUGUGAGGUUACAGAAUGUGACACAGCACGACAAGGUCUGUUAAAGACAUGUUUUCCUUCUGGAAAUAAAAACUUCAAUUGAGUUCUAAAAUUGAAAGGAACAUGAAGUUCCUUUUCAACGAAUGGAUCGUUUUAAUGUAUGCGCAAGGUCACGUAAUCAUAAUAAUUCUUGGCUCAUUAUGAAAUUCUUUUUAUUAAGGUUUAUUCAAAUUACUAAAUGACAAAAAAGUGUCGACGUUUAAGAUCUCAUAUUUGCCGAUAUAACUGAACCUGAAAUGCGUAUGUUUGGUGGUGAAAAAAAAAGGUGCUUAUGUUUGUUUUAUGUUGCUCUUAUUUAAUUUUUUAUUUUUUCAGAAGAUUUUAUUCCAUACAUUAAUUAUUUAAAAUUCGAUUAUAUAUUCUCAUAUUUUUUAUUGAAUUCUCAUACUUAUUUAAUUAAAAUACGUGAGUUUAUCUUUAUAAGUAAUUCUACAUAAAGGAAACCACUUCAAUACUGUGUUUAAAUCUGUACAAUGCAUCUAUUUGCAAAUCUAAACUUUAAAAAAUACAAUUUAUAUUUAUGGAAUUUGAUUCUAGUCGUUUAUAAUACAACUUAUGACAACAAAUGUACAGGAAUCUAGUUUUGAAAUUAUUGAGAAAGGUUUGGAAUCUAGUCAGUAUAUUUUAAUCUGUGCCUAGAUCUAGUCAUAAACUCCUCAGUUUGUAAAUAUUCAUUCUUUUGGAAAAUCUGAUCAAUGUACCAAACUCCAUUGUAAUGUAUUUCAAAUUGUAAUGUUAAAAAAAUUGCUUUGUGUAUUAUUAGGUAUGACAAUAUAAAAAUUAUCAUUUGAUACUUAAUUGUCAACA